AUGUCGUCGAUACGGCGUCGGAGGAACGACGAGGACGCGGACGACGACGACGACAGCUACGACGACAGUGACUGGGUACCUGAUUACGAGAACGACUCGGUGUCGGUUGAAGAAGACGACGACGACCACGACGAGGACGGCAGGCCCAUCCUCUCGGCAGAACAGCGUGCCAAGUUGGACAAGGUCUUCAAUGGAGAAGUGUACCUCGCGAGAGCCUUUCGACGAUCGCCCUUUGAAACGAACCAGAUGAUCCAAUUGCCGUUCGAGCGCAUUGCGCAUAAGUUACGUGGCUACAGUGGCGACACUGGGAGCAAGACCUCGUUGAUGCGGAAGCAGUUUAUGUUUCGCACGUUGUGCGAUCGAGAAGUCGUGGGCAAGUCGUCGAACGUGCAGUUGGUCAAGCUGCAAGAGACCCUGAUGCCUUUUCAGGAGCACAAGCACUGUCGAGUGGUCGACUCCGUGCGCGAUCGAUUGUACUGUGGUGGAUUCAACAGCACCGGGUCGAGGUUCUUGACCGCUGGACAGCGGGGUGCGAUCAUGCUCUACGAUACGAUUGACUGGACGCGUGCAGCGUCUCUGCCCGUGCGUGAUGUGAGGUGGACCGUGACGGACGCGAAGUUCACGCCGGAUGACAAGAGUGUUUUGUACGCGACCAUCAAUAGCAACGUGCGCAUGGUGAGCACCAACUUUGAUGAAGACGGGAAGGAGGACGUGUACCCGUUGGUACACUCGGCGAGAGGAAGCGAAGAUAGUCAGUUGAUACGCAUGGGUCGAUUCGGACGUUUUGGCGUGUGGUGCAUUGAUAUCAAUGCGUCGGGCACGGAGUUUGUAGCUGGCACGUCGCAGAGCAGUGUCGUGUUGAUGGAUAUGGAGACCCGCGUGCCAAUAUGCCACGCUGUAGGACACCAUGAUGACGUGAAUGCCAUCGAGUUCGUGGACGGACCUCUGCAUACAAACGUCUUUGCAAGCGGGUCAGAUGACACGUUGAUUAAAUUGUGGGACCGCCGAGUGCUAUCGGAGUCGAACCCAAAGCCCCAGAGUGUGUUCCCAGGCCACACUGACGGCAUUACACACAUUUCGUCGAGAGAUGAUGGCUACUACUUCAUUUCAAACUCAAAGGACCAGACCACCAAGCUUUGGGAUAUUCGGAAGUGCUCGUCGUCGAAUGAACUCAGUGAAGCGGCAGCGUUUCGCAAGCCGUUUUCGUGGGAUUACCGCUUCCAAGCGUACCCAGGACGCAAUUUGAUGCCGAUCGAGCACCCCAAUGACACGUCCGUGAUGACAUAUCGUGGCCACAUGGUUGUCGAGACGCUUAUUCGCUGCUACUUCUCGCCAUUACACUCCACUGCCCAAAAGUACAUCUACACUGGCUCCGCGGACGGUCGUGUGUACGUAUACGACAGCGUGUCUGGCGACCUGGUUGAGAUUUUUGCAAUGAAGCCGAAUGGUCUCACCCGUGACGUGCGCUGGCACCCAUUCGAGCCCACGAUCGUGUCCCCCGACUUUUAUGGCAAGUUAUGCGUCUGGCAGCGUCAGGACGACGAAGAAGAAAAUCGGUGCUCACCGGUCACUUCGGAUUGA